ACUCUUUAGUUUGUAGUCUGUGGUGUCAACUGGUUGUGGCUGACUUGUGUGGCGCGUGCACGUGUUGCAAUAGCAAAAUAGAAAAUUAAUGAACAAAUGAAUAGUAUUAUUUUAAGUUUUAAAUAUUUACCUCAUUUUCAAGAACAUUUUUAAAAUGCUGGCUUUGUUAUGAAUUGAUCUACCACACCCACAGAUGUCCAUAUCAGUUUUAUGAUCGGAUCUAUAAGGCAUGGAGAUGUCGCACCAGGGGGGAGCUGAGGCCGAGAGCCUCUUGCGCCCUGACCGCAACGCUACUGUUAUGCCGCAGAAACGUUGGGAUGCGAGUGAGGGCGAGAAAGCGCCGUUCCUUCGAAACGAGCCGGUGCGGUUAACCCCCGCCUGGGAAGGGUCAAACCUGCCCAAUGAUACGCUUAAUUUGAAAGGGAUCGCAAUGGAUUUGGUACCGCCGAAGGACAAAUGGAAUUUAAUAUACCUCACAUUAAUUCUCCACGGGCUGGGGACUUUGACGGCUUGGAAUAUGUUCAUAACAGCGAAAGACUACUUCGUGAAGUACAAGUUGGCAAAUGCUCCUACGUAUGCAGAGAACCUGAUGCCUUAUAUGGGCUGGGCGGCUCAAGUACCGAACCUAAUCUUCAGCUGGAUCAAUAUUUUUGUUGAAAUUGGCGGUGAUUUGACCACUCGUAUCGUUUGGUCGCUCUGUCUGGAAGUCGUAAUGUUGGUCGUCACAGUGAUAUUUGCGAUGGUUGACAGCUCUGAAUGGACCGACAUUUUCUUCUGGGUAACGAUGGUCACUGUCUUCUUAUUAUGCGGUUCCAAUGCGAUAUUCCAAAACUCAGUAUACGGUGUGUCAGCUCGCUUGCCUCCUCAAUACACCGGCGCAGUAGUUCUAGGAUCGAAUAUCUGUGGUACUCUCGUGGUAUUCCUGAACUGGGCGAGUGACGAGUUUACCCAGAGCCACCGAACGUCAGCCAUCUAUUACUUUAUCUGUGGUAUAUUCGUGCUCCUGAUCUGUUUCGACACCUACUUCGCCUUACCUCUUAAUAGAUUUUACCGCUACCACGUGACGUUGCAAGAGCGAACCUUACAAGUGAACCCAACUCUAGCGACCAACAAUCCUCCAGUGAAACAAAAGACCCCCUACGGACUUAUCUUUAGACAGGGCUUCAUACAAUUCUACAAUGUAUUCCUUACAUUCUUCGUCACUCUCUCUGUAUUUCCCACAAUUCAUUCAGAUAUCAAACCUAUGUCUACGGAUUUCUUUGGAGAUCAGUUCACUCGUAUCACGUGUUUCUUGACGUUCAACGCUAUGGCCAUGAUCGGGAAUAUCACAGCUAGUCUCUGGCAAUAUCCAACCCCUCGAUGGCUAUCAGUAUUCACAACACUGCGUAUCCUGUUCAUUCCACUGUUCCUUUUAUGCAACUACCAGCCACUUGGCAGACAACGGACGUUACCCGUGUUGAUUAACAAUGAUUGGAUUUACUGGGCUAUGGCUAUCUUCAUGGGAUGGAGCUCUGGCCAUGCAAGUUCUCUUGGAAUGAUGUAUGUUGGCGGGACUGUAGCGCCCGAGCACGCAGCUACUGCGGGCAUGUUAGGUGGCGCAAUGCUCGUAACGGGCAUCGUGUCUGGAAUCACAUUCUCGUGCUUCGGCCCCUCCUUUGUGUCACUGGGCGCCUGGUCCAGCAUGUAGCGGCUAAUUACGUAUCUGGGAACAUUCUGGAACAUUAUAGUGCUCAAGUGAUUUUGAAACCUUGUUUGAGCGGAAAUUCUAGAUCGUAUUCUGAAAAUAUGACAUGACCUAGAGAACAAGUUUUAGCAAGGGAGUCAAGUGAAGUGUGACGUGAGUAGAAAUGGUUGACGAUGAUAAAUACAUGUUAAAUUGUUGAGUUAGAUAUUGUUGAUAUUGUAUAAGUUAUAAAUACAUAAUGAGAGCAAAAAUUCUGAAUAAACAGAAUUUUUAUAAAUAAAAUUAUGACAGCUAUAAAGUAUUGAAUAAAUUAGAUAUAAAAAGACAAAAAUCGAGUUGACAUUAAUUUCUAAUACCGUAUCACUGCUAUUAAUAUGACUGAAUGAAGUACUACUUAACCUAUCCUAACUAGAUUCAUUGAAUAAGAGUAAUAUGCAUUCAAGUGUUCUUCAAAGAAGUCUAAAGCUAGACUAAAAUCAUUAAAAUAUAUAAGUUAUAGAUUAAAAAUGUUACUAUUUAUAGAGUAUUUAGUAGUCAGUACAGAAUGUUAGGAAGACAUAUAUGACAUUUUAUAAUUAGGUAUCUUAAAACACAUAUGUAUCUUUGAUUAGCGUAUACGAUUUUUCUUAUACGUACGUAACUACGUUGUCAAAAUGUUCUCUUAUAAUAUGAUUAAUUUAUUCCAAUAAGUUUUUCUAUGUAAACAUUACCAGAUAUCUAAUUAUAGAAAUGUUUUUACAUUAGAUUAGAAUGUAUGAUUUUAUUUAUAAAAUUGUUUGAAUGCAUUUAUGUACUAAAAAAUUAUAUUGGUAGAUUAUAUUUUGUUUAUCCUGAUAGAAUUAAGUUUUUAAUCCAAAGGAAAAAACCUAUGGACUAUCAUUUUUGUUACAUUCAUUAGCAACAUUUUUAAUUGGUUACAGUUUUUAAAUGAAAGUGGUAUGUCAUAGGUAUUAUAGUUACGGAGAGUUAAAUAUCAAGUCAUAUUUGUACAAAUAAUAUUGCAUGAUAAAAAUAUUUCUUAGAAAUAACAAAACCACAUGACGUUAAUUAAUUAUCUGACAAAUUGUUUUAAAGGGUGCUACAAAGGAAUUGCACUGAAAUUUUUGACUAAAGCACAAAGUAUGUAUAUGUAAUCUCUAGAAUUAGUUUUUGCGUACUAAUACCAUGUUUUGACUGAAUUUUAAAGGUAACGUAAUCAUGGGAUUGUUUUGAAAUCAAUCCAUUUUUAAUAAAUCCUAAUUUCUGUAUUCCGGCCAGUAAACUGGCUUGUGAGCUGUUAGACAUGCUGCUAUUUAUUUCGCCAAGUACCAUAUUGACACCUAUAUAUAUAUAUAUAUAUUAUAGAAGCACUUAAUACACCAAUACAAGUAUAAAACAUCGUAUAUUUUUUUUCCAGCAUGUUUAAGUUUUCAUCUUAUUUUGGGUGUUUUUUCUGUUUUUUUUUUCAAGAAAUAUUGUUUCCUUGUAGUUGAAAAAGUAUGUUACAAAAACCAAAUAUUACAAAUUAGAAGUAAUUUGUCAUCAUACGCUAGCCAUUGUUAAUUUUAUUUAUUGCAAAGUAAAUUUUUUUCUAUUAUU